AUGAAAGCUUUGUUGUCCAACGAUUCCAUUGGAGAGUUUUCUGAUGUGUUUUGUAAGCACGAUUUCACUCUUGGGUUUGUUGAAGAGGCCAGGAAAACGUUUGAAGAUAUUAUUUAUGGAAAGGCCGUCGGAGAAGACAUUACCAAGAUUACGAUUAACAAACCAGAAAGAAGGAAUUCUUUCAAGCCACAAACAGUGAAAGAGCUUAUGAAGGCAUUCAAUGAUGCCAGGGAUGACAUCCAGAUUGGAGUGAUCAUUUCCAACGGAACGGGUACCAAGAUAUUCUGUAGUGGUGGCGAUCCAUCCUUCAGAGGCAAAAAUGGCUAUGCCGAAUACGACAAUUCGGGUCGACUCAACGUUUUGGACUUGCAUGUUCAAAUUUGCCAACUUCCAAAACCCGUCAUUGCAAUGCUUGCUGGUUAUGCUGUUGGAGGUGGACAAGUUUUGCAUAUGGUCUGUGAUAUCUCCAUAGCUGCCAGUAAACAAAUCCACCUUUUGCUUGGCUCUCAAAGGAUCUCUUCACUUCUAUCAACUCGGGGCAAGGAUUUUGGAUCUCUUCACUCCUAUCAUUGUCAGGAAGCAAGGAUUUUGAGAAUCGUCUUAAAAGAUGUGGUUUGUGGAAAUAUAGAAACAUUUGACUUUACUGGGGAGAUUCAGCUGAGGUGUAGGAUUCCAGUGGAUUACAGUGCCUUGCUUUGGGUGAUUUGA